UGUUGCUACGGCCGCGGCCGCAGGACGGGCACGGGCGCGGGCGCGGCUCCGGAUCCUCCCCGUUCACAACCGCCCUCCGAGCGGCCGGGGGAGGGGGGGGCGCGGCGUGACGUCAGCACGGUGAUGUAACAGCAGCCCCCCCCCCUUCCCCGGUUCGGGGGGGGCGGCGGCGGCGGCGAAACCCCCCCAAAACCCCCGAUCCCCCCCGAGACCCCGCCCCAACAUGGCGGCGGCGGCGGGGGGCGGGGUCUCGCCGGGGGGCGGAGCCUCGCUGGAGGAGGAGUGCGAGGUUGUGCGCGUGCGCGUCAAGAAGAGCGAGGGGCAGCAGCCCCCCGAGUUCCGCUCGUUCGCCGUGGACCCGCAGAUCACCUCGCUGGAUGUGCUGCAGCACAUCCUGGCCCGAGCCUUCGACCUGCAGGGGAAGAAAAGCUUCGUGCUGAGCUUUGCGGCGCGGGAUGGGCAGGGCCAGGACACCUUUGUGCCUCUGCUGAGCGAUGGUGACCUGGCCAACGCCUUCACCUGCGCCCGGCCCACCCUGAGGCUGCGCCUGGACGUCAGGAACCCCCCCGACAGUCCGCUGCUGGAGGACUGGGACAUCAUCAGCCCGCGGGAGGUGGCGGCGGCCGAGCCUCUCCCCGAGCGCCGCUCGCUGCUGGCGGCCGCCCUGCCCUUCACCCAGGCGCUGCUGGCACAGGUGGGCCGGACGCUGGCGCGGGCGCAGGCGGCCCUGGCGUGGCCCGAGGGGACCCCGGCGGUGUCGCCGCCCCCUCCCCCUCCCCCGCCCUGCGCCCCCCUGAGCGACGCCGACCUGAGGUCGUACCUGGGCCCAGGUGGGCGCCUGCUGCGGCCCCAGGAGCUGCGGCUGCACGUCUUCCACGGCGGCGUCGAGCCCGGCCUGCGCAAGGUGGUCUGGCGUUACCUGCUGAACGUUUUCCCCUCGGGCCUCACGGGCCAGGAGCGCCUGUCCCACCUGCGCCUGAAGGCGGCCGAGUACUCCUCUCUGAAGGUGGCCCUGGCCACCCGCACGCCGCCGGCCGAGCUGGCCCAGGUGGCCGCCGCCGUCCGCAAGGACGUGGUGCGCACCGACCGCGCCCACCCUUACUUCGGCGGCCCCGAGGAGGGUCACCCUCACCUGGCCGCCCUCCAGGCCCUGCUGACCACCUUCGCCCUGGGCCACCCGCGCCUGUCCUACUGCCAGGGCAUGUCGGACGUGGCCGCGCCGCUCUUGGCCGUGCUGGACGACGAAGCCCAAGCUUACCUGUGCUUCUGCUCCCUGAUGCGCCGCCUCGCGCCGCGCUUCCGCCCCGGCGGCCGCGGCCUCUCGCGGGCGUUCGCUCACCUGCGGCGGCUCCUGCGCCGCGCCGACCCGGCCUUCUGGGCGUUCCUGGCGGCGCGCGGCGCUCACGACCUGCUCUUCUGCUACCGCUGGUUGUUGCUGGAGCUCAAGCGGGAGUUCGCCUUCGAGGACGCCCUGAAGGUGUUGGAGAUCACCUGGAGCUCGCUGCCGCCGGCGCCGGCGCCGCCGCGCCCCGGGGUGCCGCUGCUGGGGGCGCCCCUGGGGGCGCGCAGGGCGGGCAGGGGGUGGAGGGAGAGGAGGGGGCUGCGGCCGCGGCCGCCCAGGAGGAGGAGGAGGAGGAGGAAGGUGGCGGUGGAGGAGGAGGAUGGUGCUGGUGGUGGUGGGGUGACGGAAGGUUCUGGAGCUGGGUUUGGGGGUUUGAAGGGUUCUGGGGGUGGUUUGGAGGGUUCUGGAGAUGUUGCCAGUGGUUCCAAGAGCUCCAGCGAUGUUCUGGAAGGUUCUAAGAGCAUCCAGGAAGGUCCCAAGAGCUCCAGCGAUGUUCUGGAAGGUUCUAAGAGCAUCCAGGAAGGUCCCAAGAGCUCCAGUGAUGUUCUGGAAGGUUCUAAGAGCAUCCAGGAAGGUCCCAAGAGCUCCAAUGAUGUUCUGGAAGGUUCUAAGAGCAUCCAGGAAAGUCCCAAGAGCUCCAGUGAUGUCCUCAAGAGUCCCAAGAGCUCCAGUGAUGUUCUAGAAGGUUCCAAGAGCAUCCAGGAAGGUUCCAGGAGCUCCAGAGAUGACUCCAAGAGCUCCAGCGACGUCCCCGGUGGUGCCGGGGACAGCCAGGAGGGUCCCAGGAGCUUGAAGAAGGUUCAGGAAGGUUCCGAGAGCUCCAGGAAGGUCCAGGGGAGACCCCCCAGGGAUGGUGGAGAAGCCCCCGAGGACUCCUGGGGUGGCCCCAGGAGGGUGGAGGAGGCCACGGACGCCCUGGAGAUGGAGCAGAGACCCCAGAGCCUCUGCUGGGGGGCUGGGGGUGACCCCAGGAGAGGACACGGUGACCACAGAGAGGGCCAUGGGCCAGGAGAAGGACGAGGUGACCCCAGAGGAGGACGAGGUGACCCCAGAGGAGGACGAGGUGACCCCAGAGGUGGACGAGGUGACCCCAGAGGAGGACGAGGUGACCUCAGAGAGGUUCAGGGUGACCUUGGAGAUGGACACAGCUUUGGAGAAGGCCACCAUGACCCCAGGGAUGGCCACCAUGACCCCAAAGAUGGCCACCAUGACUUCAAGGAUGGCCACCAUGACCCUAAGGAUGGCCACCAUGACCCCAGGGGUGACCACAACUCCAAGAAUCACCACCAUGACCCCAAGGAUGACCACCACAACCCCAGAGAUGGCCACCAUGACCCCAGGGAUGACUACCAUGACCCCAGGGAUGACCACAACCCCAAGGAUGACCACCACAACCCCAAGGAAGACCACGACGACCCCACACACGACCACCACGACCUCAAGGACGACCACCACCACCCCAAAACCAACCCCACCACCCCCGAAGACCCUUGGGGCGGCCGUUGGGCUUGGGAAGAGCCUUCCUCCUCCUCCUCCUCCUCCUCCUCCUCCUCGUGCUCCUCAGGCUCCUCCUCCUCGGACGAGGAGGUGACGGUGGAGGACGACGGAGCUCCUCUGCCACCGCCAGAAGAGCUGGGCCAGGGGAACCCCUUCCUGCUCUUCGUCUGCCUCGCCAUGCUGCUGGAGCAGCGCGACGCCGUCAUGGCGCGCGCCGGCGACUACAACGAGGUGGCCAUGCACUUCGACCGCCUGGUGCGGCGCCACCACCUGCCCCGCGUCCUGCGCCGCGCCAAGGGGCUCUUCGCCAGGUACCUGGAGGGGUGGGGAGGGUCCGCGCCCGGGGGAGAGCAGCUGGGGUCUCCAUCGGGGUAA